AUGGACGAAUUUGACGAUUUCGUCGGCAGCCCUCACGGCAGUCAACGUCACAACACUCGGCAACCCGUUCAGCACGAUCCCUUUGCCGACUUUGACCAGUCCCAAGACUCCUAUGCCAUCAACCAUACUUCGCAAGCACCCGCUUCGGGAGGCCCAGCACACGUCCUUGUCGAUGCUAAUGACCCGGAUCUGAUGGGCGACGAUUUCGACGACUUUGGUGGCACCGAUCACCAUGGUGCUGGUGCUGCUUCAUCUCACAACACCCGCGCGUACCCACCCACGUCCGCGUCUUCACGCUAUGCCCAAGACCCCUUUGCCGCUUCCACAGCUUCCUUCGACCACCACGAUACCGCCAUGGGUCUCGACGUCCCUCGAUCCAACUUUGGCUCCCACGUUCAAGGCAGUGUCGAGUCCGGCUUGCCCCUGGCUGCUAGCGCACAGACUCCCGCAGGCUACCAGCACGCAGGCUACUCCACAGAGGGUCCGUUCGCCGACGCCUACGCAGCAAGGCAUAGCUUCAAGAGCAUCGAGGCAGACGACGAGAUGUCACCCAUGGACGAUGCCAAAUACCUCCCCUAUGCUGGUCCAUCCGGCCAUGCUGCUGCUCCCGCCGGCCGAAACAACUCUAGACGUUCGGCUCCCAUUCGAGGUGCAGGUCUCACUUCAGGCACAAGUCGCCGACCGCCCAAAGAUGGGUAUAUGGACGGCCUCAAGAGGAGCGUGAGAGCGCUCAAAGCCGACGUCGAUACUGUGCUUCGUCGUCGCAGACAGCAGGAGAAGCGCCAAGGCGAUCGAAUCGUUCAGCUCAACGAUCCGCUUGCCAACGACAAGAGCGACUUCCUCGACAACUACGUCAGCACCUCUAAGUACAACGUCCUCUCUUUUGUGCCCAAGUUCCUCGUCGAGCAGUUCAGCAAGUACGCCAAUGUCUUUUUCCUCUUUACCGCUUGCAUUCAGCAGAUCCCUGGUGUCUCGCCUACAAAUCGAUGGACCACCAUCGUGCCCCUCGCCUUGGUGCUGCUCGCUUCCGCGUUCAAAGAGAUCAAAGAGGACAUCAAGAGGCAUCAGUCCGAUUCCGAGCUUAACGCCCGCAUCUCGCACGUCCUCGAUCCUGGCACAGGCUCCUUUGAGCCAAGAAGGUGGAGACACAUCCGUGUCGGCGAUAUCAUCCGCGUCGAAAACAACGAGUUCUUCCCUGCCGAUCUAGCCCUCCUUUCCAGUUCUGAACCCGAAGGUCUUUGUUACAUCGAGACGGCCAAUCUCGACGGAGAGACCAACCUGAAGAUCAAGCAAGCUUCGCCAGACACCGCCAAGCUCACCUCAUCCAGCGCAGCUUCCACUCUUCGUGGCAACCUCACCUCCGAGCAACCCAACAACAGCCUCUACACUUUCGACGCAACACUCAACAUCCAGAUCAGCUCAACGCCAGGCUUCAGCGGCACACCCAUGCGCAAAGCCCCCUUGAGCCCCGAGCAGCUCCUGCUCCGAGGUGCGCAGCUGCGCAACACGCCGUGGGUAUACGGGCUCGUCGUCUUCACAGGCCACGAGACCAAGCUCAUGCGCAAUGCCACUGCAGCACCCAUCAAGCGCACCGCCGUGGAGAAGCAGGUCAACGUGCAGAUCUUAUUGCUCUUCAUCCUGCUGCUUGCCCUGUCCGUCGCUUCCUCGAUCGGCGCCAUCGUUCGUAACACGGCCUACGCCUCGGAGAUGAAAUAUCUGCUGCUCAACGAAGAGGGCAAGGGCAAAGCGCGCCAGUUCAUCGAGGACAUUCUCACCUUUGUCAUUGCCUACAACAAUUUGAUUCCAAUCUCGCUCAUCGUCACUGUCGAAGUUGUCAAAUAUCAGCAGGCCAUGCUUAUCAACUCGGACCUCGACAUGUACUAUGCGCCCACCGACACUCCCGCCCUCUGCCGAACCAGCAGUCUGGUCGAGGAGCUCGGUCAGAUCGACUACAUUUUCUCGGACAAAACAGGCACACUCACUCGAAACGAGAUGGAGUUCAAGCAAGCCAGCAUUGGUGGUAUCUCGUUUACCGAUGUCAUCGACGAGAGCAAGCAGGGCACUGGCGAGAUCGGCCCAGAUGGGAGAGAGAUUGGUGGGCAGAGGACGUGGCACGAGCUCAAGGCCAUCAUGGACGGCCGCACCCCCGAUGACGGCAGCAGCCCGGUCAUCGACGAGUUCUUGACCCUGCUCGCCGUGUGCCAUACAGUCAUUCCUGAGCGUAAAGGCGACAAGGUGAUCUUCCAAGCCUCGAGUCCCGACGAAGCCGCACUUGUGGCCGGUGCCGAAUCGCUCGGAUACCAAUUCACCACGCGCAAGCCUCGCUCCGUGUUUGUCAACAUCCGCGGCACCGAGCGCGAGUGGGAGAUCCUCAAUGUGUGCGAAUUCAACUCGACGCGAAAGCGCAUGUCCACGGUGGUGCGUUGCCCCGACGGCAAGAUCAAGCUCUAUUGCAAAGGUGCCGAUACCGUCAUUCUUGCACGGCUCAGCGAAAAUCAGCCGUUCACCGACCAGACCAUGAUCCAUCUCGAGGACUAUGCCACCGAAGGCCUGCGAACGCUGUGCAUCGCCAUGCGCGAGGUGAGCGAGCAAGAGUAUCGCCAGUGGUCCAAGAUCUACGACCAAGCGGCUGCGACCAUCCAAGGGCGAAGCGAGGCGCUGGACAAAGCUGCCGAGAUGAUCGAGCAGAACUUGUUCUUGCUGGGUGCAACGGCCAUCGAAGACAAACUGCAAGAUGGCGUGCCGGACACGAUCCACACGCUGCAGUCGGCAGGAAUCAAGAUCUGGGUGUUGACGGGCGACAGGCAGGAGACGGCGAUCAACAUCGGACUCUCCUGCAGGCUGAUCAGCGAAUCGAUGAACCUGGUCAUCAUCAACGAAGAGAAUUUGCACGAUACCGCCGAGGUGCUCAACAAGAGGCUGGCCGCCAUCAAGAACCAGCGCAACACGGCGGGUGUGGAACAGGAAGAGAUGGCGCUCGUCAUCGAUGGCAAGUCGCUCACGUUCGCACUCGAGAAGGAGCUGGCAAAAGUGUUUUUGGAGCUGGCGGUGCUGUGCAAGGCGGUCAUCUGCUGCCGAGUAUCGCCGCUGCAGAAGGCGCUCGUAGUGAAACUCGUCAAGAAAAACAUGUCUUCGCUCUUGCUUGCGAUUGGAGACGGCGCCAACGAUGUGAGCAUGAUCCAGGCCGCGCACGUCGGCGUGGGCAUCAGCGGUGUCGAGGGUCUGCAAGCGGCUCGAUCGGCGGAUGUGGCGAUUUCGCAGUUCCGUUACCUGCGCAAGCUGCUGCUGGUGCACGGCAGCUGGUCGUACGCUCGACUGAGCAAGAUGAUCCUGUACAGCUUCUACAAGAACAUCACGCUGUACAUGACGCUGUUUUGGUAUUCGUUCCAAAACUCGUUUUCGGGUCAAGUGGCGUUUGAGAGCUGGACGCUCUCGUUCUACAACGUCAUCUUUACGGUGCUGCCGCCGUUGGUGAUUGGUAUUUUCGACCAGUUCCUGUCGGCGCGGAUGCUGGAUCGGUAUCCGCAGCUGUAUGGGCAGGUGUAUUUCGACAAGCGGCGCUUUUGGGGGUGGACGGCCAAUGCGUUUUUCCACUCGCUCAUCACGUAUCUGUUCGUGACGGUGAUCUUCUGGGGGUCGCCACAGCUGUCGGAUGGAUAUGCGAGCUACUCGUGGAUUUGGGGUACGACGCUGUUCAUGGUGGUGUUGGUGACGGUGUUGGGCAAAGCGGCGCUGAUUUCGGAUCUGUGGACCAAGUACACGUUCGCGGCGAUCCCCGGUUCGCUGCUGUUCACCAUCGCCUUUCUGGCAAUCUACGCGCUAAUCGCCCCGCGACUUGGCUUCUCGAAGGAGUACGACGGCAUCGUCCCGCGGCUGUACGGGUACAGCGACUUCUGGUUCGCAAUGCUCGUGGUGCCCACCAUCUGCCUGGCGCGCGACUUUUGCUGGAAGUACUGGAAGCGAACCUACCACCCGGAGAGUUACCACAUUGUGCAAGAGGUGCAGAAGUACAACCUGCAGGAUUAUAGGCCGAGAAUGGAUCAGUUCCAGAAAGCGAUCCGCAAGGUGAGGGCGGUGCAGAGGAUGCGUAGGACGAGAGGGUUUGCGUUCAGUCAGACCGAGGGCAGCGCGGAUCUGAUUCGAAAGUACGAUACGACGAUUGCUAAGGCUUCGGGACAGUAG